GCAGCCCCUUCGGCGGGGACCCGGAGAAGGAGCUCCAGGAGGCUCAGCUGGAGUUCAAAACCAUGGAGGGCCGGGACGAGGCCCUGAAGAACGAGGCGGCUGCCUGGGAACGAAAGGCGGAGCUGUGCCGCAACGGAGGGGACAAGGCCGGCGAGUUAGAGGGCAUGCAGCGCCUCUUCGAGGCCCGCGAGAGGCGGAAGACCAUCCGCCGGCGCUUGCUGAGCCUCACCGAGCGGGUGGAGUACCUGCAGAAGGUGGUGUUCGAGGUCAAGCGCAAGAAGGAA